CCCGCCCGGCGCCGCCCGUCCCGGCUCCGGGUCCCGCGCCCGGGCGCUGCCAGCCCCGCGGUCCGGAGCGCGCCGUGGAGCAGCUCGCGCGCCGGGCAGGACGUCCCCGGCCCCGCCGGCGUUGCAGCUCUUCCAUCGAAGCGACACCACUGCCUCCGUGGACAGGACACGCCCAGGAGCCCAGCUCACAGCCGCUGGCGCCUUCACCCAGGACCAGCCGGGGGCCUCCAUGGGCGCGUGAGGGCCGGGCGCCGGGGCCGCGGGCACGAGCAUGGUGAGGCACCAGCCGCUGCAGUACUAUGAGCCCCAGCUGUGCCUCUCCUGCCUCACCGGCAUCUACGGCUGCCGCUGGAAGCGCUACCAGCGCUCCCACGAUGACACCACACCGUGGGAGCGCCUCUGGUUCCUGCUGCUCACCUUCACCUUUGGCCUCACACUUACCUGGCUCUACUUCUGGUGGGAAGUCCACAAUGACUACGAUGAAUUCAACUGGUACCUCUACAACCGCAUGGGCUACUGGAGUGACUGGUCGGUGCCCAUCCUCGUGAGCACGGCUGCCGCCUUCACGUACAUCGCAGGCCUCCUGGUCCUGGCACUGUGCCACAUUGCCGCGGGACAGCAGAUGAACCUCCACUGGCUGCACAAGAUCGGGCUGGUGAUCGUCCUGGCUUCCACGGUGGUGGCCAUGUCCGCGGUGGCCCAACUGUGGGAGGACGAGUGGGAGGUGCUGCUCAUCUCCCUGCAGGGCACAGCGCCAUUCCUGCACCUGGGGGCCCUGGUGGCCGUCACUGCACUCUCCUGGAUCGUGGCGGGACAGUUUGCCCGCGCAGAGCGCUCUUCCUCUCAGGUGACCAUCCUCUGCACCUUCUUCGCUGUGGUCCUGGCCCUCUACCUGGCCCCUCUCACCAUCUCCUCUCCCUGCAUCAUGGACAAAAAGGAUCUGGGCCCCAAGCCUGCCCUCAUUGGCCACCGCGGGGCCCCUAUGCUCGCCCCAGAGCACACGCUGAUGUCCUUCCGGAAGGCGCUUGAGCAGAAGCUGUUUGGGCUCCAGGCUGAUGUCACCAUCAGCCUGGACGGCAUCCCUUUCCUCAUGCACGAUGCCACUCUGCAACGCACCACCAACGUGGCGCAGGAGUUCCCGGAGCUCGCCCGCAGGCCCGCUGCCAUGCUCAACUGGACCGUCCUGCAGAGGCUCAACGCCGGCCGCUGGUUUCUGGAGACCGACCCCUUCUGGACGGCCAGCUCCCUGUCGCCCUCGGACCACAGGGAGGCCCAGAACCAGUCCAUCUGCAGCCUGGCAGAGCUGCUGGAGCUGGCCAAGGGCAACGCCACCGUGCUGCUCAACCUGCGCGACCCGCCCCGCGACCACCCCUACCGCGCCAGCUUCCUCAACACCACGCUGGAGGCCGUGCUGCGCUCGGGCUUCCCACAGCACCAGGUGAUGUGGCUACCGAACAGGCAGAGGCCCCUGGUGCAGAAGAUGGCGCCUGGCUUCCAGCAGACAUCGGGGUCCAAGGAGACCGUGGCGAGCCUGCGGAGAGGCCACAUCCAGCGGCUGAACCUGCGCUACACUCAGGUGUCCCGCCAGGAGCUCAGGGACUACGCAUCCUGGAACCUGAGUGUGAACCUCUACACCGUCAACGCGCCCUGGCUCUUCUCCCUGCUGUGGUGUGCCGGCGUCCCGUCCGUCACCUCCGACAACUCCCACGCCUUGUCCCAGGUGCCCUCCCCGCUCUGGAUCGUGCCCCCGGGGGAGUACCGCCUCGUGUGGAUCGCCGCCGACCUCAUCUCCUUCGCCCUCAUCGUCGGCAUCUUCGUGCUGCAGAAGUGGCGCCUGGGAGGCAUUCGGAGCUACAACCCCGAGCAGAUCAUGCUGAGCGCGGCGGUGCGGCGGGCCAGCCGGGACGUCAGCAUCAUGAAGGAGAAGCUCAUCUUCUCAGAGAUCAGCGACGGCGUGGAGGCCUCAGACGAGCUGUCCGUGUGUUCCGAUAGCAGCUGUGACACCUACGCCGGCGGCACCGUCCCGGCGGGCCCUCGCGGGGGCGGCGGCCGCAGCAGGACCCUCGCAGACCGCGGCGGGCGCUAGCCGUGGGCCCCAGCCCGUGCCGGACGCGGCCCCAGGCGGGCCCGCGACUGCCGGCCGGAGCCGUGGGGACUUGGAGGGCUCUGGGAGCUACUCCGCCACUUCCUCCGUCUCCGUCUCUCUGGGAGGCGUCUCCAGUCCCCUAGGGCCCGACGGGGCCGGGACUCCCGCUUCCCAGAUGCCCCUGCAGGCCUGGGGCUCUGUGUUCUGGGGAAUUGGGGCCUGGGCCUCUGGUCUCACUCUCGGGUCCCUCCCUCCCUCCCUCCCUCCCCUCCCGGCUGGGAAGCGUCAGCGCGUCGCCGGGCCAGGCCACAUCCGCCAGGGAGGCCGCGUGCGUCCGUCAGCCUGUCUGUGCCACGGGCCCGACCGACCUCUCCAUUUCUCCUCUGCCUUGAGGCCCCGAGCCGGUCCUCCUCCGCCCCCGCCGGCAGCUCUGUUCUCCACUUCCGUCUCAAAGCACAAGGGGGUUCAGCCCAAGAGGAGAGCCAGCGGCCAUGGUGCAGACCUGUCCUCCGCCCUGCAGCCCUGCAGCCCUGCAGCCCCGCCCCAGGAAGGGCUGGAGCCAUGUGCCCUAGAAGCAGCUCAGCGGCCAGAGGCCCAGGCUCACGGGGCUGUUCUGCCUCCGCCUAACAGGCCGGGGGCGGGGGGGGGGGGGCACGAGUGGCCCUGGGGCCCAGGAGAGCCACAGACUGAACCCACCUGGGGCCCUCACGGCGGUGGCCACCGGGCCGGGCCCAGAGCGGAGGGAGCCCGAGGGCCUCGGCCAGGGUGAUUAAAGCUGCCGUCU